ACGCAAUCAAGAGCCGAGAAAAACAUGCUCCGCUUUCUCCUGCUCUUCACCGCUGCUUUCUGCGUGUCCUCCAGCUCCAGAGCUAGCCCCGGCUCCAAAUGCCUCCACGUUAAUAACUCGACGCACCGCAUCGUGGACACGGAUGGCCGGGAGAGAUAUUUCCACGGCGUCAACGUCGUAGUAAAGGGACCUCCGUGGCUACCGGAGCUGCAAGAGUUCGAUCCCCUCAAAUCCUUCGUCGAGAAGGACAUGCAGACUCUGCAAGAGCUGGGUCUCAAUGCCAUAAGAUACGGCAUGAUGUGGCCUGGUGCAGAGCCGGAGAAAGGAGUGUUCAACGAAACCUACUUCACUCUCUCCGAAGACCUCAUAAAUACUGCUGGGAGCUAUGGGAUCUACACACUGCUGGACAUGCACCAAGAUGUCCUCUCGGACAAGUUUUGUGGGGAGGGGAUCCCAGACUGGGCUGUCGACACUGGAAAUGCAAAGGGGUUUCCAUACCCUGUUGAUGAGCCUUACAAAGUGGAUCCUACUACUGGCUACCCAACUCCUGAGGACUGUGCCAAGCAUGCAUGGGCUGAUUACCAGUUUGCAGAGGCAUCGUCUGCAGCAUAUCAGAACCUCUACAACAACUCCAAUGGUCUCCUUACGAGCUGGGCAAACUUCUGGGGGAAGGUAGCGCAGGUGUUUGCCGAUAAUGAGUACAUUCUUGGCUAUGAGCUCAUAAACGAACCUUGGGCAGGGGACAUAUAUGAUCAUCCUAAGCUCCUGAUCCCUGGAGUGGCUGAUGAAGAUGUUCUUGCACCGGCCUAUGAGGUGCUGAAUAAGGAGAUUCGCAAGUACGAUGAGUGUCACAGUGUCUAUUUCGAGAGUGUGACAUGGGAUGAGUUGACGGUUGGAUUCAAACAGCCUCCAGGAGGAUUCGCCUACGCCAACAGGAGCGUUCUCAGCUACCACUUCUAUACCCCUCCACAGAUUUCGGCUGACAUCACAUUUGCCGAGAGACAGAAAGAUCUUGAGAGACUCAAGUGUGCAGGUUUUCUGACAGAGUUUGAGAUUGGUUUGCCAGACUAUAAAACAAUGGCUGAUACCGACGAAUACCUCCAGGUUUAUAUAAUCGUACUCAUGAAAAACAACACUUGUUUAAACAGGCUCGUUUUACUAUUAAUUAUUACAGUCGUGGUUGGGGUGGGAAUACAAACCGUUUGUUCCCAAGACUGUGAGUUAACUCUGUACUUGUGUUGUACUGUGUAGCAGACACGUUCAUAAUUACAGGGGUCGGGAUCUUCCAUUUGGUAUGACAACGGAACAAUGAACAUGCAAGUAGUUGAUCGACUGAGUAGGACAUACGCCCACUCUGUGGCAGGCGUGACCACACUCAUGCUCUAUAAUGAGAUCACCAAACGGUUCACCCUCACUUAUUAUGUCACCGCGGCAUGUACUUCUAACACCACCGAGAUAUACUUCAACAAGGCACUCCACUAUUCACAAGGCUACACUGUAGCAGUUGCUCCAUCAAAUUCCGUCACGUGGAAGGAAGAGAACGACAACUACGUCAUUGUCUCCCACAGCCGUUCACUGCCUGAAGGAGCACUAAUAGACGUUUCCAUCAGUUCUUCAACUUAAAAAACAAUACAUAUACAGCAACAUUGACGUGUGUAUUGUUGUUAAACUGUCGCUGCCUGGAAUGCCUGUGUUUAAAGUAAUAUUAUCCAGGCAGUGUUUUUAAGAGUGUGUGCUAAUGUAUUAUUCUCAUGUAAGUGGGUAGGUGGAGCAUCAUACGUGGGCAAUGGAGAGAUCAUCAUCAGAGGUUACAUCAUCGUUCUGAUGAUUCAGCUGGUCUCCUGGAGUUUCACUGGUGCCUGGAUCUUGAUCGUCCCUCGCUUGUGAAUCUUUACUCUCAGCGACUGUCUCUCUAUUUGUUGCGUGUAGACCACCAUUUUGCUGUAGAGGGCCGCUGCCAUUCUCUGUAGGGUGAUGGUGGCUGGUGUCGUUUGCAUGAUUUUCAGUAUUGUCGACUUCAUCAGUUUUGAAUGUGAUGGUAGUGGGCCUGUCAUCGUCUAUGUCAGUUGUAACGGUAAGUUCGUUGUCAGUGCUCUUGUUGCUCAAUUCGACGUAGUUCACCACAUAUGUUCCACCGCCAGCCUCCGAUGUGAUGAUCUUCUCCAGAACAGGUGCCGGAGUGGCACUGGUGGUGUCUGACACCAGCAUGAAAUGGUUGGGCCUUUUUUCGGCAGACGAAGUGGCAAUAGACGACGGAUGAAGGUGAGAUGAUUUGUAGUGGCCACAGGAGAGAAACUCGAGCCAGAGCUCGCGUCCGUCGCGACUGAGGACGCAGAAGAAGAGGAAGAUAAAGAACCCCUGGAGCGAGUUGAACACAACAAAUAAGACUUGGAAGGUGAGCGAUGCUUUGUCGAUGGUGAGAGCUCCAAAUAUCCAGGUGAGUCCGUAGAGAAACAUGAUUCCAGCGAUAUUGAUCAUGAGACGGAUGGUGGAUUGCCUCUCUUUAGUCUUGGAGGUCUUGAGGCCUGUGAUUUUGUUCCUCUGCUUGUGGCGGACGAGUACGGUGAUGAUGAUGAUAAACACCGUGCAGUUG